GAUAAUAUCAUACAAAGAUUUACUGUCAUUUUUAUAGAGUUAUACCGUAGAACAGAACAUUCUGUUUUUAUGCUGUUGACUUCUUUUCUUUUAUAUUAACAUUACUACAGAGCCAAGUAGUGCUGGAUGGAGAUCCUCAAGUGCGUGUCAGUGACACUGGGCCUCCUGUUUAUAGGCUUACUUUAUGUAUUUUGCAUCGUUUGUCAAUGGAUUUGGGGCUGGCCUGACAAACCUGGAUAUAUGAAGUAUUUAGAAGCUACAAAUCCAAGGCGAAUAUUUCGUUUGUCCAUAACUACGCUGGACCUCCUCAAAUACUUGAAGUACGUCAGGUUGUACUAUCAGCUGACCUCGUGGUAUAACAGUGAGGAAAACCUUAAACAUUUCAAAAAGGGUCUGGUUUUUGGCCGCAGAGGCAACAAGCUGGACUUGUACUUUCCUCCAAAAUCCAGCUCAUCUGAAGACACGCCCACACCUCUGGUGGUUUUUGUCUACGGUGGGGCGUGGAGCUCUGGAUCGAGGUCCAUUUACUGUUUACUGGCCUGGCAGAUGGCUAAAAAACUGAAUGCAACCGUUGUUUGUCUCGAUUACAGCACAUAUCCGAAGGGGAACGUUGUGGCGAUGCUCCAAGAUGUUGCAGACUGCUUGAUUUGGGCCCAAGAAAAUGGACUCCAGUUCAACUUUGACAAAGAUAAAGUUGUCUUGAUUGGCCAUUCAGCGGGCGCACACUUGUGUGCGCUCACCACCCUGUUUCUGGCUGAUGGAAGGGAGGAGCUUGUCAUGGAGUCAGAGAAGCAGCAGCAGCUCAUCACGCUGUCCAUACGAGGAGUCAUCGGUCUGAGUGGUGUUUAUGACAUCAUGGAUCACUAUCAGCAUGAGAAGACCAGAGGGGUGGAGUUCGUCUCUGCCAUGCACAAAGCCAUGACCGGCGUGGAAAACUUCCCCCUCUACUCCCCAACCUGUGUGGUGAAGACGCUCAGCCAGGAGAAGCUCGACAGACUGCCUCCGUUCGCUUUGAUCCACGGGGUCGAGGACGUCGUUGUUCCGUUGGAGUCCUCCUCAAAGCUCUCGGAGGUCCUCGCCUCUCGUUCUGCGAAGGUGUCUCUCCACCUGCUUCCUGGAGUCAAUCACACGGACAUCGCCACUGACCUCAUGCUGCCCAACAGGCGCCUCUACCAGCGGAUCUACACGCUGAUCAAGCAGGAGUGGAGGGCCUUUAUGGAAGCCUGCUGAAAGCACACAGCAUUUUAAGAUGGUAUUUUCAUCAAAUUCACACUAAAAUGUGAAUUAGUUAGGAUAAACCAUUUACCAGAUUUAUGUUUGAAUCUAAAGAGUACAAACCAAUAAUCUGCACUGAAAACGACUUUUCCUAAAAGUCUUUUGUACAGAUUAUUUAAUAGCCGGAAAGAUGGUAAAUAAAUCAAAUGUGUGUGCAGUGUUUUACCUCAGAGACUGAAGAUGAAAAUGUGAAAUCAACCUUGGUGGUUUACACCUAUUAUAAUGAAGUAAAUGCUUUCUUUUAAAGCACACCUCUGCCCCCCAAAUGGAUGGGAGGUUAAAGAACUGUCUAUAUUUAGUCAAGUUAAACAUGACUUAUAAUUAUUGAAUAAUUAUGAAAAUAAAUUAAAUCAACAACUUGAAAAAUU